AACUGAUUUGAUAAGGCCUACCAACAUGGGGAGGACAAUCCCCUUAACUCCAAGUGCACCAACUUAUUAUAUGUCCCCAGGCUAAAUUAGUCACCUCUCCCCUCCCCUGUGUCCUAACACCCUAGUCCACAGUCAGAAUAUCACACCUGCUGAGAGAGGCUUGUAUAUUUUGUGUGCCAUACUUCCUGUAGUCAUUGGAAAUGCAGUGUGUCCCUUUGUCAAAUGUGUAAAACAGAGUACAAUACUCUAGGACAGUGUUCGGCAAACUGCGGCCCCUUGAGUGUGGCUCUUCCACAAAAUACCACAUGUGGGUGCGCACGUACAGUACGAUUGAAACUUCUGACCACACUCAAGGGGCCAAAGAGCCGCAUGUGGCUCUUGAGCUGCAGUUUGCUGAACACUGGUCUAGGACAUGCUGGUACUCGAUCAUUCUGUGCUAAAUUUAAUUCCCUUGGGGAACAGGAGCUGAAGGAGGGUUCUCUUCAGGUGUGGGUCUCACUAUAAACAUAAUCACCCUUGGCAAACCAUCCUGACUCCAUGCUUGCAACCCCACCUCUGCUCAGUUCACCACUAAGAUCACUCUGGCCGUCCCCAAUAGGGAAACCCUAAAGCAUUCUUGCCUUGGCUCUUGUCAUCCUUAAAAAAGUCUACCCAGUGAACAUGUCUAACUGAAUGAUAACCAGACAUCUGCUGUCCCUCUCAGUACAAUAUGAGCUCCGUGAGGACACAGCACAAGCCCUGUUCAUCUUUACACCCCUGUACCUGAUAGUGACGGUCACAUAAAGAGUCAGUAAAUACGGGGGCGACAUGUGCUGCCCGGAGAAAGUAGGUGCUGAGGGAGGUGUCUUUUUUAUUUGUUUUUUUCUUUGUUUUAGUACCACCAUUACAGUCCUCAGCCAUCCUGUCAAAUACAAAGAUCAUCAUAUUGAUCAUUUCCGUCUUCUUCUGCAUCUGCCUGGGCAUCCUGGUCCUUUGGAAAUUAGGCAUCGAGGAAGGUGCUCCCUCUCUGGGCUACACAUUCACAGUCACUCCUAAUGGACAACCGUGGUGUGAAAUUCAAGGCCAGGUCAAUGGGAACACAUUUCUUCAUUAUACCUGUGGUGGCGACAGGGUCAGACUCAUCAGUGUUCUGGAGAUGAACGCCACACAGCCCUGGAGUGACCAGAGAGACGCUCUGCAGUACGUGGUGGAGGAGCUCAAGAAGACCCUGCUGGACAUUAGAGCAGACAUUCCUGCAACCAGCGGUCCUCUCUCCCUGCAGGGCAGCAUGAUGUGUGAGCAGGACUCCAAUGUACUCACCGCUGCAUCCUGGGAGUUCGGACUGGAUGGACAGAUAUCUCUCCGCUUUGACACAAAGAACAGACACUGGACAAUAUUGCACGGUGAAGGCAUUCUGUUAAAGCAAACAUUGGCGAGUGACAGAGCUAUGACCGAUCUCCUUGUUAGGACCUCAGCUGGAGACUGUAGGAAGUGGCUUCAACAAGUUUUGUGUCCCAUGAGCCCAAAAGCUGCACCAACCACUGCCACAGGCACAGUCCCGUCCAAGGCCACCACCAACACGCCCAUCACUUCGGUCCUCCCUGUGAUCCUCACCUGUGCAAUCAUAGUUGGCAUCUUAGGCUGGGCCCUUAGAGUAACAGGUACUGAGGGCGUAAUUACAGGUACCAUGACAGGUACUGAUCGAUGGCACAUGCACUUCCUGAGCAGCAUUUCAAAACAUAUGAUGAGUGCAAAUUGGGUCCCUGAAUGGUUUGCCUCAAAACAAGGAAAGUUCUAUUGGGACGGUAUCCACAAAUUACCUGAAAGAUGGGGGGAAUGUGUAGCUAGCGAUAGACAGAACUUUGAAUAA